UUGGGUUUGUGUUUUGGAUUAUAUUUUUCAGAAUACUAAGAGAAUAAAUAAAUUAUUACUGGUGGUAGUAAAUUUAAGAUACACUGUUAUAUAUUAUUGGUUCAAAGUACUAAAUUCUAGUAAAAUAGCGGUUAUAGCAAAACAGAAGAUUGUAAACAACUAGUAUGUCUAUAGAAAUAGAAUCAGCUGAUGUCAUACGACUCAUUCAACAAUAUCUGAAAGAGUCAAAUUUAACGAGAACGUUACAAACAAUACAAGAAGAAACUGGAGUGUCACUCAAUACAGUAGACAGUGUAGAUAGUUUUUGUUCCGAUAUUAAUAAUGGUCAUUGGGAUACAGUUUUAAAAUCUAUUCAAUCCCUUAAACUACCAGACAAGAAGCUAAUAGAUCUUUAUGAACAAGUAGUUUUAGAGUUAAUAGAAUUACGGGAAUUAGGAGCGGCAAGAUCUUUGUUAAGGCAAACAGACCCUAUGAUCAUGUUAAAACAGCAAGAAGCUGAAAGGUACUUGCAUCUGGAAAAUAUGCUGGCAAGAUCUUACUUUGAUCCCCGAGAAGCUUACCCUGAUGGAGGUUCUAAAGAAAAGAGGAGGACAGCCAUUGCUCUAGCGUUAAGUGGUGAAGUGUCUGUUGUGCCUUCUGCAAGAUUGCUGGCCCUAUUGGGUCAAGCCCUAAAAUGGCAACAACAUCAGGGUUUAUUGCCACCUGGUACAACUAUUGAUUUGUUUAGAGGAAAAGCUGCUAUUCGUGAUCAAGAAGAAGAACAAUACCCAACACAAAUAUCCAGACAGAUUAAAUUUGGGCAAAAAUCCCAUGUUGAAUGUGCUCAGUUUUCACCCGAUGGUCAAUUUUUAGUUACUGGAAGUGUGGACGGCUUUAUUGAAUUGUGGAAUUUUACCACAGGUAAAAUUAGAAAAGAUUUAAAAUAUCAAGCUCAAGAUGAUUUCAUGGUCAUGGAACAAGCUGUCUUGAGUUUAAACUUCUCUCGAGAUUCUGAAAUGUUAGCUAGUGGUGCCCAAGAUGGACAAAUAAAAAUAUGGAAAAUUUCUUCAGGACAAUGUUUAAGAAAGUUUGAAAAAGCACAUACUAAAGGUGUAACAUGCAUACAUUUUUCUAAAGAUAAUAGCCAAAUUUUAAGUGCAUCUUUCGAUAAUAUUAUUAGAAUACAUGGUUUGAAAUCAGGAAAAAUGUUAAAAGAAUUUAGAGGGCAUACUUCUUUUGUGAAUGAAGUUGUUUUCUCACCUGAUGGACAUAAUUUGUUAAGUGGUUCAUCAGAUGGUACAGUUAAAAUAUGGAGCAUAAAAACUACAGAAUGCAUUAACACCUUUAAGGGGCUUGGCACUAUUGAAUUAACUGUGAAUAAUGUUUUACCCUUACCUAAAAACCCCGAACACUUCAUUGUUUGUAAUCGUUCAAAUACAGUGGUUAUAAUGAACAUGCAAGGGCAAAUUGUUCGUUCAUUCUCAUCAGGAAAGAGAGAAGGAGGUUCAUUCAUAUGUGCUGCUUUAUCUCCAAGAGGUGAAUUUAUAUAUUGUGCAGGUGAGGACUUAGUGUUGUAUUGCUUUUCCAUAACAUCUGGAAAACUAGAAAGAACUCUUAAUGUACAUGACAAAAAUGUAAUUGGACUUUGCCACCAUCCACAUCAAAAUUUGCUGGCUACCUACAGUGAAGAUGGUUUGCUCAAACUAUGGAAACCAUAAACCUUCAAGACUUAUUACAGAUAAUAUAUUAUAAAACGA